AUGAAUUCCUCGACGAACUGUCUCGCCGGCUACAGAACAUUUGCCUGUCGAACGCGGGGCAAUCACGGCGGCCCGUCCAGUCUGAAGCUAUUCCCCUCAGCCUUUUUUGUUCGACCAACGCCUGCUUUUCCGCAAGAGUUCCAUUCAAGCGUCAAGCCACAGCGAUCAACUGCAGAUGUCAAAAGUCUGACUCGCCCGCGUCCACUGUACCUGCAGCACCAUGUUCGCAAGGUCUCGGCUACAGGUAUCGCGCGAUAUGCAUCUCAAGCUUCCCAAGGUGAAGAGACGUCUACGUCACCGCUCUCUACUACGGGAAAGUAUUCUAGUCUUACCAUCGGCAUCCCGAAAGAAAGCUAUCCCGGAGAACGCCGUGUUGCAAUUACGCCUCAAAACGUGAAGCUGCUACUCAAGAAAGGGUUCUCACGCAUCUUGAUCGAAAGCGGAGCAGGUAUCGAAGCCCAGUUUACGGACGAGGCAUACGAGCAUGCAGGUGCUGAGACUGUUGACCGCCAAAGCGUAUUCUCAGAAAGCGAUAUUUUGCUCAAGGUUCGAGCACUCAGCAUUGACGGAGCCGAAAGUGAGAUCAAUUCUAUUCGUGAUGGAGCGACUGUGAUAUCUUUUAUCUACCCGGUUCAAAAUCGACCAGUGGUCGAUGCACUUGCGUCCCGUAAAGCGACCGCAUUUGCCAUGGAUAUGGUUCCUCGUAUCUCACGCGCCCAGGUUUUCGAUGCUUUGAGUUCUAUGGCCAAUAUCGCAGGAUACAAAGCUGUCCUGGAAGCUUCGAAUCAAUUCGGUCGAUUUCUUACUGGCCAGGUCACUGCCGCUGGAAAGAUUCCCCCUUGCAAAGUACUCGUCAUUGGAGCUGGUGUAGCGGGUUUGAGUGCUAUUGCAACAGCUCGUCGUAUGGGUGCCAUAGUACGUGGUUUUGAUACUCGCCCCGCAGCUCGUGAACAAGUCCAGUCGCUUGGUGCUGAGUUCAUCGAAGUCGACAUGAAAGAAGACGGGUCAGGAAUUGGUGGCUACGCCAAAGAAAUGUCUAAGGAGUUCAUCGAGGCCGAGAUGAAAUUGUUCUAUGAACAGUGUCGAGAAGUCGAUAUCGUCAUCACCACAGCUUUGAUCCCCGGAAAAUCUGCCCCUAAGCUAAUUACAAAAUCUAUGCUUGGCGCCAUGAAACCCGGUUCCGUUGUUGUAGACCUCGCAGCUGAGGCUGGUGGCAACUGCGAAGCUACUGUUCCCGGCAAGUUGUCGAAAUAUGAUGGCGUAACCAUAAUUGGCUACACUGAUCUUCCAUCUCGCUUGCCAACUCAGUCGUCGACUCUAUACUCCAACAACAUCACCAAAUUUCUGCUUUCAUUGGUACCAAAAGACAAGACGGAUCAGACGUACGAUGUCGAUUUAACUGACGAGGUCACUCGCGGUGCCAUUGUCACCCAUAAUGGAAAGAUCAUCCCCCCAGCUCCUCGUCCUGCUCCUCCACCUGCUCAGGCUAAACCAGCGCUUUCACCAGCGGAUCAAGUUGCAAACAUCGUUGCGCUUACGCCUUGGCAAAGUCAAUCGCGCCAGGUUGCGAGCGUCACUGCCGGGAUGACGACAGCUUUGGCACUUGGAAAGUUCACAGGACCCUUGUUCAUGUCUAAUGCUUUCACGUUUGCUCUCGCCAGUCUGAUCGGGUACCGAGUCGUCUGGGGCGUUGCGCCUGCUCUACAUUCGCCACUCAUGAGUGUCACUAAUGCCAUUUCUGGAAUGGUUGGCAUUGGAGGUCUUUAUGUGAUGGGGGGUGGCUAUCAUCCAGAAACUAUUCCCCAGACUCUUGGUGCUCUAUCUGUCUUGCUCGCUUUCGUCAACGUUUCCGGAGGCUUCGUUAUCAGCAAGCGUAUGCUGGAUAUGUUUCGACGUCCGACAGACCCUCCAGAAUAUCCGUUGCUAUAUGCCGUUCCCGCCGUAUUGUUUGGCGGCGGGUUCAUUGCAGCAGCCUCGACAGGGAUGGCUGGCUUGGUGCAGGCUGGCUAUCUUGUCAGCAGCAUCCUUUGCAUGACCUCACUCUCUGGUCUUGCUUCGCAGGCUACUGCUCGACGCGGAAAUUAUCUGGGUAUUCUGGGCGUCUUUACGGGCAUCCUCGCUUCGUUGGCUGUUGUGGGCUUCACACCGGAAGUUCUCUCACAGUUUGCUGGUCUGGCUACGAUUGGAACCAUUGCUGGUCUAGCCAUCGGACGGAGGAUUACGCCCACAUCACUUCCGCAAACCGUAGCUGCACUGCACUCUGUAGUGGGUCUUGCAGCUGUGCUCACCAGCAUCGGCAGUGUUCUCGCCCAUGAUGGUGAUAUCUCGACUCUUCACAUGGUCAGCGCAUACCUUGGAGUUUUGAUCGGUGGGGUAACCUUCACAGGAAGUAUCGUCGCUUUCUUGAAAUUAGCCGCGAAGAUGUCUUCGAAACCGUUAGCACUUCCAGGGCGCCAUCUUAUCAACGGUACAUUGCUCGGCGCGAAUGUGGCAACAAUGGGUGCUUUCCUUGCAUGGGCACCUGGAGCACCCCUCAUAGGUGCUGCGUGCCUUAUGGGUAACGCCGUUUUGAGCUUCAUCAAAGGAUAUACUACCACUGCAGCCAUCGGAGGUGCCGACAUGCCGGUCGUCAUCACAGUCCUGAAUGCCUACUCUGGAUUCGCGCUGGUAGCUGAAGGUUUCAUGUUGGACAACUCGCUGCUCACUACAAUUGGAGCUUUGAUUGGAGUGUCAGGCUCCAUCCUUUCGUACAUCAUGUGCGUGGCCAUGAACAGAUCAAUCACAAACGUCUUGUUCGGUGGUAUAGCGCAAACACCCCAGACCCAAACCAAGAUCGAAGGAGAAAUUACAAAGACGACGGCCGACGAAACGGCUGAAGCUCUGGUCAGCUCUGAGAAUGUCAUCAUCGUUGUUGGCUACGGCAUGGCCGUCGCAAAAGCCCAGUACGCCAUCUCCGACUUUGUCAACGCACUUCGCGCAAAAGGCAUCAACGUCCGUUUCGCCAUCCACCCCGUCGCCGGCCGUAUGCCAGGCCAAUGCAAUGUUCUCCUCGCCGAAGCUUCCGUUCCAUAUGAUAUCGUUCUCGAAAUGGACGAGAUCAACGACGACUUCCCAGGUACAGACGUCACUCUUGUUAUCGGUGCUAAUGACACGGUGAACCCGAUUGCGUUGGAGCCUGGGUCUGCGAUUGCUGGUAUGCCGGUACUGCAUGCGUGGAAGAGUAAGCAAGUUGUGAUUAUGAAGAGAGGUAUGGCGAGCGGUUAUGCAGACGUGCCGAAUCCCAUGUUCUACAUGGACAAUACCAAGAUGUUAUUUGGAGAUGCCAAUGAUAGUUGUAACGCUAUCAAACGCGCGCUUGAGGAGAAGCUUAAAGGAUUGUGAUUGUAGUAGACACUCUCAGUCUCAGUGACCUUGUUACGGUAGACCUCCUUUUCCCAUCUCAUGAUGCAUAUUUGUGCGGGAGCUCUAGCAUAUGCAUGAGAACAAGAUCUAUCCUAGGCAUAUAGCAUCAAAGCACGUUGAUUUCUUUCGAACGUUUCCA